UUUCUUAAUGAUAAUUGACAAACACAUCAAAUUAAAUAGAAAUCAAAAGCAGUGGAAGAACACUAAUGAGUUAACGAUACUUGCAAAGGAUUGACCGUUUGAAUUGAAGCCAUCUAAGGUCAACCUUUAAUCAACUGAUUUUCUUAUAUAAAAGCGUCUGCCGAAUGUCUAAGUCAUAAAGAACCAAAAUGUCCCGUAUUGCUAUCCUCUGCGUUGCAGCGUUCCUAGUCCAGGCCAUUUCCGCCGAGCAAUGUGGCGAUAACGAGAGCUACGUGCAAACGAACGGGUGCGAGCCUUCGUGCCGAUUUCUCGUAAUUGAUUUCCCCUGCGCCGCCGCCCCUCACAUGGCGUGCCAAUGUGACAGCGGUUUCGUACGGAGGGAAUCAAAAGGUCCGUGCAUUAAGCCGGAGGACUGUCCGAAAUGAAUUGAAUCGAUAAGGUAGUUGUUUGUAUACUUGAAUUUUAAUAAAAGUAAAGAUGGUUUGUCUGAUAACAGUC